CGGCCGCCCCGCCUCGGCGAGAUGGAGACGGCCCGGGCCCCAGCCGCCCCCGCGACGUCCAGGCCGCGCACCGUGGAGGCCAUCUUCAGGGACUUCAACGCGCGCCGCGCCGGCCUCGUCCGCGCGCUCACCUCCGAUGUCGACGACUUCUUCGACAGCUGCGACCCAGAUAAGGAGAACCUCUGCCUCUACGGCCACCCCGACGGGACCUGGGAGGUGUCACUGCCGGCGGAGGAGGUGCCCCCCGAGCUGCCUGAGCCGGCCCUCGGCAUCAAUUUCGCCCGCAACGGCAUGAACCGCCGCGACUGGCUCUCCCUCGUCACCGUCCACUCCGACUCGUGGCUCCUCUCCGUCGCCUUCUUCUUAUCUCCGUGGCCUGCUCCUGUUGUAGUAUAUUUCAGAUGCAUAGAUAGAUUCUUCGAUGCUUCCUAG